AUGGCGAGUAAAAGCAAGCAGGUUGCAGAUGGAAACAAUAAGGUUAAACUACAGGAUUCAGCGUGGAAGCGAGCGUUAGUUGCGAACGCGGAAUGGCCGGACAAGGAAGAGUUUCUUGACGUUAUCUACUGGAUGCGUCAAGCUAUGGGCAUUAUUUUGGGUCUGUUUUGGGGCCUACUGCCAAUGAAAGGCUUCGUUGGUUUAUUACUGUUUGUCCUAGUAAAUGCAGCAGUAAUAUACUUUUAUGUUAACAAUUUCCAAAGUAUUGAUGAAGAGGAAUAUGGUGGUUUAUGGGAAAUAACUAAGGAAGGUUUCAUGACUUCGUUUGCUGGAUUUUUGGUAACUUGGAUCAUAGUUUACACAGGGCUACACAUUGCAGACACUUUAUGA